AUGUCGGCCCAACAACAGCAAAAGCCAAGGCAGAUUCGAUGCACCAUCAUCGGAGCAGGCUACGCAUCCUCUGAUGAGAUUCAGGGUUACCUGAAAGGUGUUGCAAAGCACUUCGAUCUCGAGCGAUACAUCUCCUUCAACACUAAAGUGGUCGCAGCAAAAUGGUCCAAAGAGGACAGUACCUGGACCGUUGAGUUGGAAGAUGGCUCUCUCGUGACAUCAGAGAUCCUGGUAAAUGCUGGCGGCAUUCUCAGUCACCCGCAAAUUCCCAACAUCGAGGGCCUGUCAGACUUUAAUGGUCCAUUACUGCAUACAGCAUCCUGGGUCCAUUCGGUUGACCUCCGGGGCAAACGUGUCGGCGUCAUUGGCGCGGGAGCCAGUUCGAUCCAAUUAGUUCCCUCAAUACAGCCUCUGGUCCAAGACAUGAAGGUGUUUAUCCGCACACCGUCCUGGAUUGCACCGCCAGUAGCUCUGCCCGACCCCAACGCGACAAAUUAUACCUACAGCACAGAAGAGAAGGCUACUUUCGAGAGGAACAAGGAGAUAUAUCUCGACACCAGAAAGGGACUGGAGGAUCAGUUCAAUGGAAUGUUCCGCCUAUUUCUAAAGUCCAGUCCAGAACAGAAGAGAACACGCGCCAUGUUCGAGUCGCGGAUGAAACAGCUGAUCCCUGACCAAGACCUCCAGAAGAAGCUGAUACCUUCAUUCGAGGCUGGAUGCAGAAGAAUUAAUCCCGGAGAGGGGUUUCUUACUGCUCUUCAGAAGCCCAAUGUUGAACCAGUAUUCGACUCUAUCGAGAGAGUGACUCAUGCUGGUAUCGUGGCUGGUGGAAAAGAAUACCCAGCAGACGUCUUGGUGGCAGCAACAGGAUUCAACACGACCUUCCGACCUCGUUUUCCUAUAAUCGGUCGCAAUGGCGUUAACCUCCAAGAUGCAUGGCAAGAACAUCCCGAAUCGUAUCUGGGUCUCGGUGUCGCGGGGUUUCCCAAUUAUCUCAUUUUCUUGGGACCAAACACUCCCAUCUCGAAUGGAAGCCUGAUGGGCUCUGUGGAAGCGACGGCCGACUACUUCAUUCGUCUUCUUCACAAAAUAAUUCGUCAGCGUGUUAAGUCCUUCGAAGUCCGAGCCGACGCCCAAAAUGACUUCAACGAACAUACGCAAAAGGUUAUGCAAGACAUGGUGUGGACAGGAACGUGUCGCAGUUGGUACAAGCAGGGCACAAACGGAAAGGUAACUGGACUCUGGCCAGGCAGCUCUCUCCACUAUAUUCAGGUCCUCGCCGAAGAUCGCUGGGAAGAUUAUGAGUGGACACAUGAAUCGGAGAGGUACAGCUACUGGGGUCAUGGCCUGUCAUGGAUUGAGGAGCCUGGUCUUGAUCCCUUGGGCGCGACUAAGCAGAACAUGAUUGAGGCGAUGACAACUUUGCCAAAGAAGGACUCUGACUUGAGCUUUUAUCUGUGGGGGAGCGAGACUUUGCCUGAGAGCUGCUUUCCAAGUGGGUGCUCAGAGGAGAUAGCCCAGGAUGGAGGUGACUUGGCAUGGAAGGACGUAUUGCAAACGGCAACGCCUGCUGAUGUCGAUAAACAUGCCGCCGUAGCUUGCGUCACUGUACCAGUUUAG